UUUCAUUCGGCCCAUUAAAUCUGAAUAGGCCCAAUAUUCUUUUAGCUACUCUCACCUGGUUUUGUUGUUCUCUUUUCUCUCUCUCUUUUCUCUCUCUCUUUUCUAUUUCCGUCGGACUCAGUGGAGAAGAAGAAGAAGAUCCAAAUCGAUCCGUUGAAAAGGAAUUUCGAAUUUGCUGUGCGAUGUCGAGUGCGGUGGACGCUACGGGAAACCCGAUCCCUACUUCGGCGGUUUUAACGGCGUCAGCGAAGCAUAUAGGUAUGAGGUGUAUGCCGGAGAAUGUUGCGUUCCUCAAAUGCAAGAAGAAUGAUCCAAACCCAGAGAAGUGUCUCGACAAAGGUCGUGACGUCACUCGCUGCGUGCUUGGCUUGCUGAAGGAUCUUCACCAGAAGUGCCAAAAGGAGAUGGAUGAUUAUGUUGGGUGUAUGUAUUACUACACAAACGAGUUUGAUCUGUGUAGGAAAGAGCAAGAAGCCUUCGAGAAAGUGUGUCCCUUGAAAUGAGAAUCACAAGUUCUUGUCAUGUUUUGAUUUGUAUCUCAUAAUAAAGCAAAAUGUUCAUUUUUGAAUGAGCUUUACUCUCUCCAUCUCUUGUUUGUUGUCAUCCCAUUUAUUUCCUCUCAGAUGCUUUCGUAGUGAGUUCCAAAGACAACUAAAUGACUCAGUUUUAUUGUUCGAUGGUUCACUAAUCAGCACAGAAUGGAACAAUUGUUUUUAUCUGCUUAUAUUCUACCAUACUUGACAGUAUA